AGAUGAAACCUUUUAAGCCUAGGAGCCAGCAGGCCACAUAUCUUUUGCGUCCUCCGAACUUCUCUUCCAGCUUCGAGCUCCAGGCCCGCAUAGAAUUCAGGGAGCUCCGAGUGGGGCACCGCUCUUCUCUCUGGGCAGGAAUCGGCGCCUGAACAGAAAGCGCCUCCCCAACUAGUGUGCUAGGUGAAUCGCUGGGAAUGCUGAGCAUACAGGAAGACACGUCUCCAAAAGUGCGCCUGGCGCAGCAGGACAAACACCUCCUGCCCCUAGCCCUCUUGGGCUCUGGCUCCUUGCACGCCUGGGAAGAAGCCUGGGCUGCCAAAGAAAAUCUCUUGCGGUCCAAGGCACUCAGCCGACGCCUACGGUGCCUGUUAGCCUCCCCUGAGCCGUACAGUGGUGCUGAUGGCGGGGGCACAGCACUUCUCUCCAGGGUGUCACAAGGGGCGGAGCUGCCGGGGCCAAAGAAUAAUAACCUUCCCCAGAACCUUGAUCUAGGACUGGAGCAGAGGCGGGUCCUGGCAGAGAAACACUCCCGUUUGACCCGUAGGACUCCCUUGGCUCGAACCAAGCCUCCUCCUUAACCCUCUUCCUUUACCCUAUCCUCUCCUGGGCCUUCAGCGCCCCCUCCCUCACUGCCUCGACUCGGGCAGAGAGCCCAGAGGCAGCCACUUCUUCGGCUCCUCCUGUCCCCACACCCACUACUUGCCUGAGCCCUAGCUUGUCUGACCGGCAACUUUUUAGAGGCUUCUGAAGCCAACCCCCUUUCGGCGGGUGAGUAAGAAGGUCAAUGGAUAUGCUGGCAGCCUGGAUGCUUUGACUUCCUUAUUUCAAAAAUUUUGGUAGCUAAGGACUGUAUUGUGCAUUCAUUUAAAGCUUUCCUGAAGAAACAUCAACCUUUAAGAUGCUUCCACUAACUGGAAAUACAAUCAAAUUUGAUAGUUUCCCUGAUCCUUCAGAUACAUGGGAAAUCACUGAAACAAUUGGCAAAGGAACUUAUGGGAAAGUGUUUAAAGUGUUAAAUAAGAAAAAUGGCCAAAAGGCAGCAGUUAAAAUCCUGGACCCAGUCCAUGAUAUUGAUGAAGAGAUUGAAGCAGAAUACCACAUCCUCAAAGCCCUAUCUGAUCACCCCAAUGUAGUCAAAUUCUAUGGGAUGUACUUCAAGAAGGGAAAAAAGAAUGGAGAUCAGCUCUGGUUGGUUCUUGAGCUGUGCAAUGGAGGAUCAGUGACAGAUCUUGUGAAAGGACUUUUGAAGAGAGGAGAAAGAAUGAGUGAACUUAUAAUUGCCUAUAUUUUACGUGAAGCACUAAUGGGGCUUCAGCAUUUGCACAACAACAAAACAAUCCACAGGGAUGUGAAAGGAAAUAACAUCCUCUUGACCACUGAAGGCGGAGUUAAGCUAGUGGAUUUUGGUGUGUCAGCACAGCUAACCAGUACUCGACAUCGUCGAAACACAUCUGUAGGAACACCAUUUUGGAUGGCUCCAGAGGUCAUUGCAUGUGAACAGCAGCUGGAUAGCACCUAUGAUGCCAGAUGUGAUGCAUGGUCUUUGGGUAUUACUGCUAUUGAGCUGGGAGAUGGAGAUCCACCUUUUGCUGAUCUGCACCCUAUGAGAGCACUAUUCAAAAUACCAAGAAGUCCACCUCCAACUCUAAGGCAACCAGAACUGUGGACAGCAGAAUUCAAUGACUUCAUUAGUAAGUGCUUGACUAAGGAUUAUGAGAAACGCCCAACCGUAUCUGAUCUUUUGCAGCAUGGAUUCAUUACCCAAAUUGAGGGCAAAGAUGUGAUGUUACAGAAAAAACUUACUGAAUUCAUUGAAGCUCACCAGCAACUGGGAGUCACCGAAAGGGCCAGACAUGAGCGUAUCCAUACCAAGAAGAGCAACUACAAUAAAGUUCCAGUGUCCUCACCAAAGGAUGUGGAUGAUUUAGCUACUCUUGAAGUAUUGGAUGAGAAGACAGUGUCAGAGCAGCUUGAGAAUUGCUAUUCCCGUGAUCAGAUCUACAUCUAUGUUGGAGAUAUACUCAUUGCAAUUAACCCAUUUCAAAAUUUGGACCUUUAUUCCACUAAGCAUUCAAAACUCUACAUUGGAGCAAAGCGAACUGCCAACCCUCCCCACAUCUUUGCAGUGGCAGAUUUAGGCUACCAGUCCAUGGUAACAUAUAAUUCAGAUCAGUGUAUUGUCAUUUCUGGAGAAAGUGGAGCUGGAAAGACUGAAAGUGCCCACCUCUUAGUACAGCAGCUAACUAUUCUUGGAAAGGCUAAUAACAGAACUCUACAGGAAAAGAUUCUCCAAGUAAACAAUCUGGUCGAAGCUUUUGGCAAUGCUUGCACUAUUAUCAAUGAUAACUCAAGCCGUUUUGGAAAAUAUUUAGAAAUGAAUUUCACCUCUGCUGGAGUAGUUAUAGGAGCUCAGAUUUCAGAAUACUUACUUGAAAAGUCCAGAGUUAUUCACCAAGCUGUUGGAGAAAAAAAUUUCCAUAUUUUUUACUACAUCUAUGCGGGUUUGGCUGAAAAGAAAAAACUGGCCCAUUACAAAUUGCCUGAAAAUAAACCUCCUAGGUACCUCCAAAAUGAACAUCUCAGAAUGGUACAGGACUUAUUAAACAAUAGUUUCUAUAAGUCCCAAUUUGAAUUAAUUGAACAGUGCUUCAAAGUGAUAGGUUUCACAAUGGAGGAACUUGGAAGUGUAUACAGCAUCCUAGCUGCAAUUUUAAAUGUGGGUAAUAUUGAAUUUUUUUCCGUGGCAACUGAGCAUCAGAUUGACAAAAGCAACAUUGCUAACGCAGCAGCACUUGAGAACUCUGCUGCUUUGCUUUUUAUCCAGGCAGAUGAACUACAAGAAGCCCUCACCUCCCACUGUGUGGUGACUCGAGGGGAAACAAUUAUUCGUCCUAAUACCAUGGAAAAAGCGAAUGACGUCAGAGAUGCUACUGCAAAGACACUGUAUGGUCGACUCUUCAGCUGGAUCGUCAAUCGUAUUAACAGUUUACUGAAGCAUGAUGCAUCUCAAAGUGGGACAGAUGGUCAACUGAACAUUGGCAUCCUAGACAUCUUUGGCUUUGAAAAUUUCCGGAAAAAUUCCUUCGAGCAGCUAUGCAUUAAUAUUGCAAAUGAACAGAUUCAAUUCUACUUCAAUCAACAUGUGUUUGCAUGGGAACAGAAUGAAUAUCUAAAUGAAGAUGUUGAUGCUAGAAUUAUUGAAUAUGAAGAUAAUCGGCCUCUCUUAGAUAUGUUUCUACAGAAACCAAUGGGUUUGCUAUCUCUACUUGAUGAAGAAAGUCAAUUCCCUCGGGCCACUGAUCAGACCCUUGUCGAAAAAUUUGAGAAUAACUUGAAAUCAAAGUACUUCUGGAGGGCCAAAAGACUGGAACUCACUUUUGGAAUUCAUCAUUAUGCAGGAAAGGUCCUUUAUAAUGCAAGUGGGUUCUUAGCUAAAAACAGGGAUACCCUUCCAACUGAUAUUGUGCUGCUCCUGAGAUCAUCAGAAAACCACGUCAUUCAACAGCUUGUAAACCAUCCUCUUACCAAAACGGGGAAUCUGCCAUAUACGAAAAAUAAAAAUGUAAUAAACUAUCAACUAAGGACCUCAGAAAGAUCAAUCAACCUAUCAAAGGGAGAAAAUGGAGAUUCAACAUAUCUUGCAAGAGAGACAACCAAUAUGAAAACUCAGACUGUUGCAUCCUAUUUCAGAUAUUCCCUGAUGGAUUUGUUAUCAAAGAUGGUGGUUGGCCAGCCUCACUUCGUUCGUUGCAUCAAGCCAAAUAAUGAUCGUCAGGCCAGGAAAUUUGAUAAUGAGAAAGUUAUGUUACAGUUGCGCUACACAGGAAUUCUGGAAACAGCAAGGAUUCGGAGACAGGGUUAUUCCCAUCGUAUACUCUUUGCUAACUUUAUAAAGCGGUACUAUAUCCUGUGCUUCAAAUCAAGUGAGGAACCUCCAGUAAGCCCUGAAACCUGUGCUGCCAUCUUAGAACAUGCUGGUCUUGAUAACUGGGCUCUUGGAAAAACCAAAGUAUUCCUUAAAUAUUAUCAUGUGGAAGAGUUGAAUUUAAUGAGAAAGGAAAAAGUUGACAAGAUCAUAUUGAUACAGGCCUGUGUCAGAGGAUUCUUGGGUUCAAAGAGGUAUAAAAAAUUACAGGAGAAAAGGAAAGAGAGUGCUACUAAGAUACAGUCAGUUGCACGAGGGCAUCUGGUCAGGAAACAAAGGAAAGAGAUGGCUCAAAAGACAGAAAAGGAAGUAGCCACUCUCCAGAUUUGUGACCAGGAAUUUGAAAGAAAGUUCAGCUUUGAAAGGAAAAGGGACUUCAUUGUGGAAAAGGAAUACUCUGAAAAUGUGGUUCCUCCUAAUGAAGCAUUCAAUCAAUCUCCCAAUAAUCAAGGAAAUGUAUCAGUCAUGAGAGAAUCUAGUUUAAAGGCUAAAGAAGAGGCCAUCAAUGGCAUUCAGUAUAACUACAGAGAAUGUCAAAUAAGCCAUAUAGGUGGGAAAGAACUUCAGCAAGAAGCUCUAAUAGAGGACAUUAAGUCAGAAGUAAGCAGCCUGGAACAAAAUGGUCAAAAGGAUCUGGAAGCUAUAACUAAGAUAGAGACAUCUGAUAAAGACACCACUGUGAUUCAGAGGAACUCUCAGGGCUACCAUGAAGAAAAGAAGUUUGAGGAGCUAAAAAUGGUAUAUUCUGAAAAGAAAGCUCCAUCAGAAAAACCAAACUAUAUGGGACAUCAAUUCCGAGAUUGUGACCCCCACCAGAGUUCAUUUAAAAAACCAUUGGAAACUAGUCUCAGCUUAAGAUAUCCAUGUGAAGACAGUAAAAAGAAAGAAAGAAGAUCAUCUUCCUUUAUCCAGAAUAAUUCAAAGCAUGGCCAAGAGAAAAGCCAUUUGGAGCAUGAAAUAAUAAUGCCCAUAGGGAAGAAGACAGAAUUAAAACAAGAUUAUAUGAGAGAGAAAGAGAAACACAUUGAGCAAAAGAAGCAAGACUUGGAAGAAGAUAAAGCCGCAGUGUUCAUUCAGAGCAAAUAUCGGGGCUAUAGAAGAAGACAACAGUUAAGGGAUGGAAAGCCCUCUUCUUCUAUUAAAAAACAAGAGUUUGCCUCAGGAAAACCAGACAUAGGAAGGCACACUAGCAAUGCAUAUUCCUAUUCAGUAAAACAUGGAGGAAGUUUUAAUAUCAAGGCAAGGGAUGAGAAGGAUUUAAAAACAAUCACAGAGAAAGAAGCCUUUGAGUUGGCUGUUUUUUCAAAACAGAUAUCAAAGUUAUCGGAAGACUAUUUCAUUCUGCAGAAAAAACUGAAUGAAAUUAUUUUGUUGCACCGGCUGAAGCCUGUUUACCUUAAUAUUCAUCCACCAAUCAAGCCAGUUAAUAGACGAUUUCCUUCUCAUCACUGUUUUUCAGGUGUCUCUAAAGAAGAGCCAAAAAUAUUGAGACCUCCAAGACGACCAUCAAAACCGAAAACAUUAAAUAAUCCUGAAGAUUCCACAUAUUAUUAUCUGUUAAAUAAAUCAAUCCAAGAAGAAAAACGAAGACCAAGGAAAAACAGUCAGGGAAAAGUACUAGAUUUAGAGGAUUUCUAUUACAAAGGAUUUUCAACUAGUCGCUCCGGCCUCAAAGAACAUAAACCUUAUAUGAGAGAGAGAAGACCACGGGCAGAACUCCAGAAUUCAUGUUUUAAGGCUGAUGAAAGGUGUUGGCCUAUGGCAAACUCGGUAGAAGAAGGAUCUGGAGAUAAUCCUUAUGACUACAGAAAACUGCUACGGAAAACUUCUCAAAGACGUCGACUGGUCCAGCAAUUUUAGCCACUUCUAAAGCUGCUGUAACCUUUGGGUUUCUAAAGCCUAGUCAGGGGAUUUUUUUUCACUUGUUUGGUACAGCCUUCCUGCUUUAUGACCUGUGCUCCCAUGGCAGCUUUGGGGGCUCCUAAUCCUUAGUCUAGGACACACCCAUGGAUACAAAGAGACAGCCAAAAAGGACAAAGUCGCCCUUGUGAGUGAGAAUCAGGAGAUGCUAGCCUUUCUGGUUCUUGAGAAAAUGUGACAUGUAUUAUGACCAGAAACAUUCUCCUUCAUUGUCCACUGUCAGUCUCUUACAUCAGCUGCCUGUCACUAGCUGAAGGCUUUUUUUUAUUGUCACAAGGUGUCAGGAGACCACCAGGUGACCAUUACUUUUGGAAAUCUCUAGAGCAAUUGAUAUAUAACACUCAUCUCCUCCUCCAAGUGAAACUGCUCAUCUUAAUAUUUUAAAAAAAAUAUUUCAAAAAAAUGAUAAUUUCUAACUCAAUUGAAUUUCCAAGUAGAGCAGCCCCAUGUCUGCUGUGAGGAUAAAUCCCCGGCUAUACCUGGGCUCAACAUCAAAGCUGCUUUACCUUUUCCCUAUCACUAUUUAAAGGUUGAGUGUCUAGAGUGACCACCUUUCCCCAAACUCUGUCUUCCCCAAAUUCCAGUUCACUGGAUUGGAAGGCUGGGCAUUGUUCCUUAACUGGCUAAGUCUCCAGCAAUGUUUCAGUGCUUUAGAUGAUAUAAACUUAUUUUUCCACCUCCUUUAUUAUUAAAAUUACAAAACAAAUGAA